UCAAGUUUGAAAUGUGACGCAUGCGCGGUCGCCUCGAUCUCGCGACUAAACUCACGCCGCUCGGUCCUUUACACCGCAAAAAUGGCUGACAACGCAAACGUUUUUGCCUCCGCUCUCGUUUUCGACUUUUUAAAAAAGAAGGACCAAGUUCUGGCGAAUUCCUACCAGAAGAAAACAAAGUCCCCGAAUUUAUUGAAAGGUUCCCCGUUAUUAAACGACAUAGUAUCUUAUUAUAUUUCAAAUAAUCCAAAUGCUAAAAAGUUAAGAUUAGAAGAGAGUAGCGAGGAAAGUAGUAGUAGCGAUGAAGCCCCAGCUAAGAAACAACAGAAACCUAUAGUAAAUGGAAAAGCAAAAGCACCAGCAACAACUAAAAAAGCGAAAAGCAGUACGGAAGAUUCAAGUUCUGUGGAUGAAAAGCCCAAAAAUCAAAAAAUUGCUGCAAUUGCUGCGUCUUUAGGUGCAAAACCAGCCCAAAAUAAAGCGGUUAAAAAACAAGAAAGCUCAGAUGACUCGUCAAGCGAAGAAGAACCUCCUAAAAAGAAACCUGUAGAGCAACCUAAAAAGAAAAAGGAAUCUUCAAGUUCUGAAGAGGAUUCUUCAGAUGAUAAAAGUAAAAAAGUUGUUGCACCUCCAAAGAAAGCUCCGAUUAAGAAAAAAGAAUCAUCAUCGGAUGAUUCCGACAGUGAAGAAGAAACUGUUAAGGUUCCUCCUAAAAUAACAGCUAAAACGCCUCCUAGUAAAACAGUAACAAAGAAAAAAGAAAGUUCUUCUGAUGACUCAUCAGAAGAAGAAGAAACUAAGCCUCCAGCUAAAACAAUUACUACAGUUAAAGCACCCGUGCAAAAGAAGCCUGACUCUUCAUCAGAAGAUUCAUCUUCAGAAGAAGACAGUAAAACAACCGCCGUAAAAAAACCUGUAGUACAACAAAAACAACCAGCAAAAAAAGAUGACUCCGAAGAUUCAAGCUCUGAAGAAGAAGAACCAGUCAAAAAACCAAUUAAACAAGCACCUAAACCCACACCACAAAAGAAACAAGAAUCAUCAGACUCUGAAUCUGAUAGUGAUGAAGAUGAACCGGCUAAGAAAAAACCUGCCUUAGUCAAACCAGCUGCUAAAGCUACACCCAUAGCUAAAGCUAAAAAAGAAAGCAGUAGCGAUGACAGUUCAUCUGAAGAAGAAGUUACUAAAAAAACUCCUGCAAAACCUGUUGUAGCACAAAAAAAGAAAGAAAAAGAAGACAGCUCUGAUGAUAGCAGUGAGGAAGAUGAAAAACCUAAAGCACCAUCGAAACCUGUACCUACAAUAAAAGCAAACGCUAAAAUUACUAAAAAAGAAGAAUCUUCAUCGUCUGAGGAAGAUGAUAGCGAUGAAGAAGAAACUAAAGUAGUUAAAAAAUCUGCUCCAUCCACACCAGCACCUAAAAAGGUUGCUGCUAAUAAAGAAUCAUCUUCUGAAGAAUCAGAUGAUGAUGAAGAUGAGAAACCGAAGGAAGUGAAGAAACGUAAAGCUGAUGAUGAGCAAGAUACGACAGAAUCGAUACCUUUGGUGAAAAAACAGAAAAAUAUGAGUUUUACAAAUGGAAAUCAGAGAGUAAACACUCCAUUCCGACGCGUACAAGAAGAAAAGGUUUUCGUCGACCCAAGGCUCCACGACAAUUCAUUUGAUGCAAAGAGAAAUUCACGAGGAUCUUGGGGUGAACAAGCCAACUACGAUCUCAAACAAACAAGGGGGAAAUCUUUUAGGCACGAGAAGACGAAAAAGAAGCGCGGCUCUUACAGAGGGGGUACAAUUGAUGUUUCCGUUAAUUCAAUUAAAUUUGAAGAUUAAUAAUACUUCAUCAUCGACCAUACUUCAUAUAUUAUAGAUUUCCGACUCAUCAUCCUUUUUACGUUUAAGUAUUCGUACGCGGUGCCCCAAUUUAUAUUUUUGUUUUUCGUUAAAUAAUCGUUUGCGUUCCAAUUGUAUAUUGUAAGUCAGUUUACAUGCCCUAGAUGCACGUUUUGUGACAUUUUUUCAAUUUUUUGACAUCGACAGUUAUUUCGCUUUGUGGUUUCUUUUAAUUAUUUUGUUAAAAAUGAUUUAUAAACGUAGAGAAAGAAAUCUAAGAGUGAUUGCGGACUGUAUAUUUUUAUUGUUUAAGAAAUAAAUGUGGUGUUCUACAAUAACAAUUAAGAGUAUAGUUUAAAAUUUACCACGUUACUUGUAUAUAACUUAGUUUUUAAAUAUUGAUUGAAAUGAAUAAACUAAGUGGAUACAUGAAA